AGUGGACGCGGCUCCCUCGCGUCGCUCCAUGUAUUAGAGAUAACGUAACUACUGCUCGCGCGAGCCCGCGCACCACGGUGCGAGGGGAGCGUUCCCCCGCGAUGUUUGCGAACCGUUUAUGGCAGGUGCAGCGUUGUCUUCAUGGCUCCUCUGACAGCCUUCGCCGGAUUGCCUUCCCGGCAGCCUUGGUGAGCCUCGGGGGAGUGCUGGUCUUGUACAAGCACUGGCAGGAUCCGAAGGGCGAUCCGACCAAGACCUUCCUGGCCUUGAUCGUCGUCCAGAUGCUACCGCUGGUCUUCCUGGAAAAGCAGAUCUUGUCCUGCCCCGACCCCGUGAGCAUGCUCUCCCGCUUCGGCAGCAAGGUUCUGCUGAUGCACUUUUGCUUCCUAGCCUUGCGCGUUUGCACGUGGCCCUUGCUUGAGGUUGGCAUCGGCGUGUGCAAUCUGAUUGGCUUGGUGGGAGUUCUUGCAGCUUUGUUUGUAGGCUUCGACUUUCGACUUUCAGCUCUCAUGCAGCAGAAGGAUUUGUUGGGCUUGGUGCUCCUGGGCAUUGGCUCUGCUUUCCUCACCGAGGUCGUGGACUACUAUAACCGCCAGACCCUGCUGGAGAGCACGAUCUUUACCACUGCAAACUACAUUGAGAUCCUUGCAUUUGUUCCGGCGGUGUGGAUGGUCCACACGACGGUGAAGAAGGGUGAGGAUUGGAGCAGCAUUACCGCCUGUCGAGAAUCGCAGGCUUUGGCCUUCUUUGCCUUUUUGGUUUGUUUCUACGUCAUGGAGGACCUGAUCUCAGCCUACCGAUUGGGCUGGAGCGAACCGCUGGGAGCUGCAGGGCACAUCGUUCACUUCUUGUUGCUCUUGGACUUUGCCUGUUUCCUAUUGGCGCACAUCUACAACCCUGAGAAGCUCUCUGGAAGCCUCUUGAGGUGGUGGGGCCCCAAGCAAAACUGGGUUUGAGGCCAGGCUGAUCGGCUGAUCUGUAGAUAGGUGGACCAAGUUUCACUCGCGACACGUGUGUUGGACGAGUUUAGAUGACCUGG